UCGUCGAUGCCCCACCGAUUUUGUGAAAAUUUUGUACGAAAAUUUAUCAAAUUAAUUAUUUGAAUGGUGAAAGUCUUUUUUUACCUUAGACUAGUGCAUAAUUUUAAUAAAAUAAUAUAAAACCAACAUCUUGAUAAUAAAAUAUAUAGAAUUCUUUAAGAUUUCAUCGCUCCGAUGCAUCUCUCUUUCACUGGUGUCCUUUGAUUUAGCUUUCGAUCGGAUUUUCGCACGUUCUAUUUGUAAACAGUCACGAGAUUUGCGUUCACGUGUAGUGUUGAAAAUUUGUGCGUAAUCGAUCGCGUGGAUAUAGUGAACUAGUGGUGCAGUGCAGUGAUUGUCUGCCGCAAUGUAUCAGUGAGGGGGCGGCACUGAUCUCGCUGGUGUCUCCUCGGGGUGUCAUGUUGGAGACGCGGUCGGUGCGCGCCGCAGACUCGGUGUGGGCCAGCAAACCGCUGCCGGCGCCGCACGCCAUGGCCAACGCCAGGCACGGGAAGAAUGCUCAGGACGACGUCUGCUAUGUGGUAGCCAAAUAUGACUACGCAGCACAGGGCACCCAGGAGUUGGAUCUCCGCAAGAAUGAGCGGUACCUACUCCUCGACGACUCGAAGCACUGGUGGCGUGUCCAGAACGCUCGCAGCCAGUCUGGUUACGUGCCCAGCAAUUAUGUCAAGAAGGAGAAACCUUCGCUGUUUGACAGCAUCAAGAAGAAAGUGAAGAAAGGGUCCGGGUCGAAGACGCUGCCGUCGAGCAGCUCGCCGGUGCGCGGCGCGGGCGGUGCGGGCGGCGCGGAGUCCCCGGGCGCGGCGCGGCGCCCCGAGCCCGCCGACGCGCUGGGCACGGCCGUCGUCAAGUACAACUACCAGGCGCAGCAGCCCGACGAGCUGGCGCUCACCAAGGGCACCAGGAUCCUCAUACUGGAGAAGAGCAACGAUGGCUGGUGGAGGGGGCAGUACCAGGGCCACACGGGAUGGUUCCCGUCGAACUACACGAGCGAGGAGGGCGACGCGGAGGACCCCGUGCACACUUAUGCGAUGGCUGAGAACGUGCUCGAUAUUGUUGUGGCGCUAUACUCGUUCACGUCCAACAACGAGCAGGAGCUCUCGUUCGAGAAGGGAGACCGCCUCGAGAUCAUCGAGCGUCCGCCCUCGGACCCCGAGUGGUUCCGCGCCCGGGACUGCCGCGGACACACCGGCCUCGUGCCCAGGAACUAUCUGCAGGAGCUGGCCGACUACCUGCAGCAGCCCUACAGCGAGGCGAGCUCCCCCGGCGGGCGGCCCAGCGCGCCGCUGUCGUCGCGCGCGUGGUACUUCGGCGCGGUGGCGCGCGCGACCUGCGACGCGCUGCUCAACCAGCACGGCCACGACGGGGACUUCCUCAUCCGCGACUCCGAGACCAACGUGGGCGAUUUCUCCGUGUCCCUGAAGGCGCCGGGGCGCAACAAGCACUUCCGGGUGCACGUGGAGGGCAGCCUGUACUGCAUCGGCCAGAGGAAGUUCCAGACGCUGGACCAGCUCGUGCAGCACUACCAGCGCGCGCCCAUCUACACCAACAAGCAGGGCGAAAAACUAUACCUGGUUCGUCCACUGCCUCGCGCCAACAUGCCGUGCUGAGCCGGGCGAUAACGUUACCGUUUUUAUUUUCCCGCGCGCCGAAUGCGACUAACGAAAUACCACAACCGCUUUAUGUUUAUAACGAACCUCUUCUUGGGAAGUUUUAGGCUGGUAUUCUUCCAAGACGGGAAGUGAAAAAAUUGCGUUAGAUAGUAGAAAAGUUAUUGCAUUUGUUUAAGUAUUUUGAGCGUGUUUCCAACGAGAAAAAAAGUUAAAUGCUGAUGCCGAAAGACAAGAUUACUUUAAAUCGGUAAGUAUUUAGCGCUAAAAACAGUUUUUAAAUUAAAAAAAAAUAUAGCUCAAUCAUCUCAAUCGAACAAAAUGUAAUUUAUGAACAUAAUUUGUGAACUUUUGGCACAUUAUCGUAGUCCCUUUUGGGAGAAUUUAUAUGAUGAUAAAACUAUUAUUAAUUAAUACAAUGAUGAUAUCAUAAAGCCUAACGGACUUUAGGUAUAAUUAGGACGAAAAUUCGUACACAAAAAAGAAAUGUAUGUCGUAUUCGGUUUUUCUACAUAUGCUCUGCGCACUACGAACAUUAAUUAAUGAAAUUAUUAGGUACAUUUAACACGGAGUAAGUGAAGGGUUGUUGGGCAACACUGAAAGAGUUGGAAAGCAAAGUAUUAAUGGUUUGCUGUCUCUUAAAUAAUGUGAGAAUGAAAUUGUAUUUAGUGGAAAUACGAAUGAAAAGCGAAUUGAGAGCAAAUAUUUUAAAUCAGUUUCAUUUUAUAUCGAAAUUCACUACUUACAUCACUUAUAAGGUAUUUUCACUGUCUGUAGGUAUUUGUGCGCUAACCUAUGAAUGAAGAAUGGAAGAAAUAAGUCUGAUACUAGACUAUGAAUGAAAUGUACUGAUGAUCUCAAAAUAUAUGCUCUCGAUUUAAAGGAAUGUUGGCAAUAUGUACAGCAUAAUCUGAAAUCACAUAUUAAGGCAGUUAUAAAUGCAUUUAGCGUCUCAUUCCAAAUUGUUAAACGCAGAGGCGAUAUAUAUUGUGUACUCUCACUGCGUACUUCCAAAGUGUUUUAUAGUGGAUCAGGAAUACAAUAUAAUUAACAUUCACAAAUAAACGGUGAAUUUUUGAAAAGAAAAAUACAUAAAAGAAUAAGGUGCGUACGCGCCUUUUUCUCCCAUUUAGGACACGCGAGAUGCUAACCUUACGGAGGUUUCAAAAUGGAAGGAAAAAAGGUAUGUCGAAGAUAUAGUAUUGAACAUAUUCCUCGUUCCUACGCUUUAUUAGUAUGGAACAAGAAGAGAAAAUUUGUUCCAGAAGUUUAUUUAUCCAUUUAGUGAUAUACGCGUUGAUACAACGCUAAGUCUAUGUAAUUAGGACAUUUCUUCGAAUUACUAUCAAUUACAACAAUCGUUACAAUCUUUGAUUUAUAUUUUUGACAUAAAUCAAAAAUGGAUCUUAUAUUUUUACGAGUGAGUUUCAUAGUAAUUUCCGGAAAUUUCCAUUAAUACAAUAAACCAAAAAUUGGCUUCUUACCCCGUCUCUAAUUAAUGUUAAGGCCGUUUUCUAUAUCAUAUUAUUUAGAUAAGUUCCCUGUAAGAAUGAUAGUGUAAUUCUAAAUGAUUUUAUAACUAUAUUAAGCUGCGUUUAUAGUGAAUAUUUUACAAGGAGCUUGAAAGUAAUAAUGGAAGUGGCACUUUUAAUAAUCACAUUUGUUUUCGCAUCGGUUCAAAAUAUUUUUUGUAUUUAUGAUUCAAAGAUAAAAGAAAUUAUAUUUAGAAAAAAUACAUUUUAUUUGCCAUAACAUUGUGGAAUAAAUUAUUUUACAUCCGAGCAAUCAGAGUGCGACCUCCAUUGUUACUUCAAGCUCCCUGGUAUAAGGAGCGUUCGCUCCACCAUAGGAAAUGCUUCAGGUAAUAUUAUGUGAUCAAUAUGAAUGUAUACACGCAUAAGUUGUGAUGUUUGGCUACGUAAGUUAUUGUAAGUCAGUCAGGGAAUCGCGGAGUGCUUGGGGAAUGGGAAUUUUGUACUUUUUUAGAUAUGUCGCGGUCGGAACUGAAUUCUUGCGCGCGAUAUCGUCUCAGCUAUGUUGAAACUUAGAUAAGUUUCAUAUGGAUUAUUAUAAAUAUUGAAUUUGAAGAAAUUAUGAGAAGGCUAAUAAUGUUAAUGAAAUUUAAUUUAUAUGCUAUGGAAGGUAUGAUUAUAAUAGCCGGCAUAUUUAAAACAUUUUGAAUAAUGAUUAUUUGGAUUUUUUACUGGCUGUUACUAUAGUUUACGAAAUCGCGCGUAACUAAGCAGGCGUAAAGCGGCCGUACCGACUCAACGUUAUAAAGUCUGACUAGUAAGAUCGUAGUCUUAAAUCCUUUAGUCUUCGACAACGAAUUAGGUGUCCCAUUUAUGUGUGUGACGCGGGGGGGUUUAAAUUGACAUCUAUAGUAGAAACAUGGCAACACUAUAUCUUUUAUUGUAUUUGUGGUAGAAACUCUAAAAGAUAUGGCAACACUGUUCCUUUUACACUCGAUAUAACGUAUAUGUAUUAUAUAACGUAUUUUCGGAGUAGACAGAGCCAACAGUCUCAUAAAAGUCGCACAAAUGCCACCUUUAGUUGAUUAUAAUGAUAAUAAAAAAAAUAUAUAUACGUGUCAAGGUUAAGUCCCCUCGCCGGGUAUAGAGUCAUUGACCGGUUUCACUGAAGUGACUAUCGCUAGUCAAUCGCCGACAUCACAAGCUAUAUAGCUUCACCCGUGUUCGUUUGCCCAUUUAUAAUCUAGUUUUAUGUAACGACUCGUCUGUAGAAUGAAGUUUUGAUAUGACGUACGUUAGUUUUGUUUUCAAAAUGAUACAUUGGAUUUAAAUGAUUUUUUCUAAAGUUGAGGAAUCACUUUUACAAUAAGUUUCUACAGUAACUUAAAUCAAAAAGUAAUGUAAAAUUUAAUACCUUGUAAGAUUUCUACUGGUGAUAGGAAAAAAAUCAUAAAAAUCUAAUGUUCCAUUGGGAAAUAAAUAAUAUAUAUGUGCGUUAUAUAAAAAUUUGAGCGUACAGUGAAGUGAGUUUUAACGUUGUGAAAAAAUAACGACGGCAGCUGAUUUGUUGUUUUUUUUUUCCCACUAUUUAAUUAUUAUUAUUUUUUUGUAGAUAAUAUCGAUUUAAUAUAAUCAUAGUUUUAUUUUAUUUUAUGUGAAUCUCCACAUGGCUAUAAGGUUGUUAACACGCUAGAUUUCUAUUCCAUUACGCUUUAGCCCCGACUGCAAAAAGAGGGUUAUGUUUUUCCAUGCAAUAGAUUGUACUUUCAUAUUUCUACCGCUAUCUUUCAUUGAUAUUCGUUUUUGAAGGAAACUUACAAGGAAACGUAAAAUGAGAUACGUUCCAAUGCCGCUAACGAUACUUUUAACUUUUUUUGCAAAGAACGAGUAAAUUAAGUAAAUUAAUGAUAUAUCGUUUAUAACAGGAUUAAACGCAUAAUGUGUUGGCAACAAAAAGUUAAACAUUUGAAUCAAAUUGUACAGACUUUUAACUUGAUUCAUUCAUAUAGCCACGUCUAUAUCCCUUGCGGGGUAGACAGUGGCAGCAGUCUGGAAAGACUGAUAGGCCACGUUCAACUGGUAGGCUUAAUGAUAGAAUUGAGAUUCUAAUAGUAAUAUGUUGCUAGCCCAUCGCGUAAAAGAAGAAUCUUAAGUUUAUAACCCUAUCCCGAGAUGGAAUGGUCUAUUUUUAUAAUGGUGCCGGAAACCACACGGCAUUUUACUAAAAUAGGAUUUCCCGAAAUUCCUGCGGGUACUGGGAAUUAAUUCGGUUUUUCAAGCUGAUAUAAAUAGCGGUAGAAUAUGAGUACACCUACGUUUUCAAAAACAUAUGUCGUCCAACAAGUAACACUCCAUAUUGAAAGUAUUAAUUAAAAUAGCACCAUAAUGGGAUUAUUUAUUUUUGUAAAUGUUUUAGUUUAUACGCAGUGUAAUAAUAAAAAAUAAUAGAUUUUUGUAAUGCACAUUGACGGCUGUUUCUUUGAAUUACUACCUAAUAUUAAAUUAAAUAUAAAUAGUUUGAAGAAAUUGAUAGAAGACGACUGAUUAUUGCAAAUAUUGUAAAUUUCUAUUAUCACUUUAAAGUAACGGGAAUUUGUUCCUUUUCAUGGUUGAUCCCUGAUUAGAGUUGCUUUUUGAAUAACAACUGUAUGACAGACAACGAAAAUCAUAUCCAGAUGGUAAGCGUUCAACCUUUUGACGGCCUCUGUGGUCGCAUUAUGAAGCAGCAGUGCGAUUGUCUGUUACACAGGGUUCGAAUCCCGGCCAGAGCACUAUGAGAAAUGAACAUUCUCUGAUUGGCCGGGGUCUUGUAUUAAUUAUAUAAUAUAGUAUCGUUGAGUUAGUAUCUCGUAACACAAGUAUCGAACUUACUUGGAGGCUAACUAAAUCUGUGUAAUCUGUCUCGUAUAAACUUACUUAUUAUUUAUUUAUUAUUAGAAUGUCCUGUCUUACUUUUCAAACUUAUUAUCGUCUUACUGUAUUUAUAACUCGCAUACGGUUGCUAUUUUUGUUAUAUUUUAUUUUCUGCAGGAAUAAAAUGGGAUGUUUUUGAUUUAAAGAUAACAUUAAGUAAAUGAUAACAUUGUAGUUAAUGUCGGUAGUGAUUCAGAGAGAUGGCCGUUGACAUUUUGUACGCGAGUAGUUUUAAGAAUACAGUACAAUAUAACUGAAGGUUAUUUUCCGAUUUUAUUUUGGCGGGAUAACUUAGCAUUUUUGUAUCGUGUCGACCAAAAAGUUGAUAAAUCCUCGAUGUUGUCCUCUUCCUUGUGUAUUAUAUAUUUACAAAGUGAUACAACGUGCGAUGUGAAUUGUGUUCACAUCGAUUUUGUAUCACGAAUCGGAUCGCUCAUAGAGAAUUGACUGAAAUUAACAAGAUGUUAUUCCCAUUUUUAAAAAUAAAAUUAGGUCAAUUCCAUUGAUGAAAUAAAGUUUGGUCAACUGUAUGUUUAUAACUAUUUUUUUAUGGUUAUUCAGAUUUACGCCAUUCAUCUUUAUGUAACAGAGAUAAGGUGUAAAUGCAAAAUAUGCAAUACAAUCUUUCCCUUGAUUAUAGAAUAUUAACACUCUUUGAGCGGUUUGGUUAUAAACACCAAAUAGAUGGAGCUAGUAUCGCCGUUUACAUGUAAAUCCAUAGUCAUAUCUUAAAGCGCAAAGAUGAUAAGUAAUUAGAUCUUUUUGAUGUAUUUAAUACGUUUUAUACUCAAUAAUGUAAUUAGAGUAAUGCGAGGCAGACUCAUUGUAGAUUAAUUAGGUACAAGAAGAUAUGAACCAAAUGGUAAUGCGACGAAAGUUUGUAAGGGAUUAUGUUUGCUCCAUUUGUUUCUAGAUUCUUGAAUAUGUAGGAAGUGAUAACAUAAAAAUACCGGUUCGCUGCAAAUUACCUGUUACUCGUCAAUUGUGGAUGCGGUCUAGAAUAUUCUUUUGGUCUUCCGUCAAAAGGGGAAGCGUUUUUUAAGCAUUUGAACGGAUUAAGGGUACCUGAAUAAUUUCCUUCUUCAACUGUCAGAUGUUUAAUGCACUAUUUUUACAGCUUACAUGGUAUUAUUUCGGCCUUGGUAAUUGGUCCCAUAAACCAUCUUUUUAUAUCUUGAAAUCAUAACAUUUUGUAUAUAUGGCCAUAUAAAUAAAAAUGUACCACUAUUACGAUCUAAAGCGUUAGAUAUACUAUUCUUUUUAAGCCACUGCAAAAUGUAUCGGUAAAAAGUAGUAUUCAAGUACCCUGAACCGUGCACAAUAGUAAUAAACGGAUAAACUAAAACUUAAUAUAAGGUAUAGUGUUUUGUAUAAAAUUCCAGCGAGAAAAUGUGCACUAAUUUUAUUGAGCUUUACAAGUGAACAUUGCCAAAAUAUUGACUAAAUCAAUGACAUUCCUAUGCUUUCAUUAACACUCGCUGAUCACAUAAUAAAUGAGUUUUAGUUGCUUUAUUGUCUGUUCUCAAAAUUGCAUUUGUAAUUCAUAAUAUCUCGUGUUUUUGUCUUACAAUGCUAGUUAAUUCUACUUAAAUUUAAAUUUGAGAAAUAUAUAUCUAAUUUAGUUUUGUGAGUUUCAUGUUUUUAACAAAUCUUCUCGUAUAGAUUUUAAAUUAUUUUUUUAACUUUUCUUUUGAAUUACUUGUAAUUUUGAGAAUGAACCUAAAUAAUUCACUAAAAACCAAUAAAAUUGGUACCUUAGUACCGGCCAGUUUGGACGAAACGUAACUGUAUUUAUUAAUGAAUUAGGUUUAGGUAAAUAGGAGUGAUUUGAUUUUUUUAUUUUUAUAUUGCUCAAUAUAUUUUGUUUUUUGUAAUGUAACCACGUGUUGUAUGUUUUCGUGUAUAUUAUCUGAUGUAACAAGCAUGAUAUACCAUUGUAAGUGCAGUGUAUAAUAUUUAACAUUAUAAUUUAUUUAUUAAUUUGCA